AUGGCCUCGGAGCGGGGUUUGGACCCCCAAGAGCGGCUCCCCCAUGACGGUACCUGCGAUGCCUGCGAGCCCGAUGAAGCCCAGGCCGCCGUCAAAGUGUGCGAGGAUUGUGGCUUUUGCUUCUGCCGGCCCCAUGCCGAGGAACACGGCCGAAAAUACCGGGCUCACCGGCUGGGGGGCUUCACCACCCACUCCGCGCCCACGACCACUCCGCCCGGCCAGGGAGGAGGAGGAGGAGGAGGAGAACACGAACAAGAGUGUGACAAGUUGGAGAGGAAAAAGUGCGAGGAACACGGGCAAGAAUUGAGUCUCUACUGCAAGAAGGAUGAGCAGAUCAUCUGCGUUCUCUGUGCCGUGACCGGUUCCCAUCAGCAUCACCAUCUUAUCACACUGGAUGAAGCUUAUGAAGCUAUAAAAAAUAGAGAACCUGUUGAUCUGAAGGUGGCAAUGCUGGAGAUGGUGGAAAGGUUAAAGUUCAAGUGUGCGGACCCUAAAGUAAAUCGGAGUGAGAUGAAGCUGUGUGUGCAGCAGGAGUUCGAGAAGGUGCGACAACUGGUCAGCGAGGAGGAACGGAAAGCUAUUCACCUGGUGGACCUCCAGGAAGCCGUGGCCACGGCGCACGUGACAGAGGUCCUGGCAGAAAUCCACUUCCACAUGGAAAAAUUGAUGACAGACAUGGUGGAGGUCAAGCGUCAGCUGGGUGCUUUUGAUGAAUUAGCUCUGCUCAAGCCAGAGAGAACGGUCAAUGAAUUAAGGUUUGAUCCCUUUCCUCCUGCCUCCCCGAACAGAGAACCCCACCAAUGUGCCAGAAGGAAUCCCUCCUCAUCCAAUGGACCCUGCUGAGAGGGAGACAGGAUUUUGCUGCAGUGGAAUGUUGGGGAGUCCUUUCUGUGCGGCCUGGCGAGUCAGGAAGAAGAGCAAGAUAUAUGGACUCUUGCUACAACCCUGGAAAGUCAUCCCUUCUUUGUGUGUCUCUGUGUGUUCUGAUUUCUGUAUAAACGUUCCUAAACCAACUCAGUUUCCAUCGCAUCUGAAGACAUUUU